AUGAGAAAUUUACAGAGAGAGCUGGACCUGAGUAACAAUGACCUGAAGGAUUCAGGAGUGAAGCUGCUCUCUGCUGGACUGGAGGAUCCACACUGUAAACUGGAGACUCUGAGACUCUCAUGCUGUAAACUCAGAAAGACAUCCUGUAAAGUGUUGGCCUCAGUUCUCAGUUCAAACCCCUCACACCUGAGAGAGCUGGACCUGAGUAACAAUGACCUGAAGGAUUCAGGAGUGAAGCUGCUCUCUGCUGGACUGGAGGAUCAACACUGCAGACUGAAGACUCUGAG